AUAUUACUGUAUAAUUGUAUGUCCUGAGAGUGUUUUGAGCUUACUUUAUUGAGACUUUUUAAGACUUUUGUGAAUAAUUCGUUCUUGCCCAUACAACAGAGCAAAGAAGUGAAGUUGGGGUAUUUUACUGUAGCUCUUCCAGAGAUUUCCUCCUUUUCAGACCAAUAUGUCUGCAGAUAAACCCAAGGUUUACCAGGGUGUGCGUGUGAAGACCACUGUUAAGGAGUUACUGCAGAAGCACAGAGCCCUGCAGGCACAGAAAACCGCAACGAAAUCCCAAGCCAUGGCUGCUCGCGAUGUCUGCUCUACGACCAUGAAUACCCACCUUGAUGUCUUUGGAAUGCAAGCUCCAGAGCCCUAUUUUCACACACGUCCCUUUACCGAAAAUGUCAAUGUCCCGAUGGAAAAUGCUUAUGAUCAUCAACAGAUGAUGCACCUGAUGCCACAUGAGACUUUCAGCGGCAGUGAUUUCGUGUGCCCCACUUCUUCGCAGUGGUCGAAUGGAUAUAUACCUUCUAAUACGGACCUCUAUAGUACUAGCAUGGUAUCGAGAUCAUCCUCAGAUUCCUUCAAUCUCUCAAGUCCAGUCGACUACAACAGUUACUCUCCCCCUCAGUCCAACUCCUCAUCUUCUUCGUGCUACAGCUCUCCAACGCGGAUGGAUUUGAGCUCCAGUUACUCUCCAGAAAAUUUCCACUACCAGCAUUGCAACUUACAGAAUUGCUUUUGUCUUUCGCAUUGGUCCAAUCUGCAGGAAGGCAUGGCAACUUCGGAGUUUGCGCCCUAUGGCUCUUCAGACUGUUUGUAUUCAUAUGGCAACGACAGUUAUUUCAGAAGGGAUACUUCAAACUCAGAGAUGUGUUACUUAUAAAAUGUAUUUUGAAGCUCUUUGCGCGAAAAUUCAGUGUCAUAAUUGAUUUAUUUGAAUGCAUUUGUUGUAUUUUUGUUUAGAUAAAAGAACAAGCAGUGAUUGAAUGAAUGAUUUACAAAUUACUCAUUUAUCUUUUUUACAAUAAACUUUUUUUUCGUAAUUAUA